CCACCACACCGACAACCACACCAACAACCGUACCAACCACUACACCAACCACCAUAUCGAUCACCACACCAACUACCACACCAACUACCUCACCGACCACCACACCAACCACCACCCCAACCACUAUGCCAACCAUCACACUAACCACCAUACCAACCACCAUACCAAACGUCACACCAACCACUAUGCCAACCACUAUACCAAGUAGCAUACCUACUACCGCUACAAUGACUACCUCAGCAUCACCUACACCAGCCCCAAUACCAACUACUGCUGCAGCUAGCGCACCCAUGGCCACUUCCCCAGUGACGACAACUCCACCUCCUGCAACAACGCAGCACGAUCCUGGAUCUAUGGAUCAAGGAGUAUCUCAAGAACCAUUGACUACCAACACACAUGCAACUACCCACCCUGGCUCAUCUAGCGAUACCACAACUAUUGCUAUGACAACGCCUCUCCUUGGUGGACCUGACUCCCUAUCAUCAACUUCAACAUCCACAAUACCGAUCAUUGCCGGUUCUGCAGUGGCUGUUGUGCUAGCAAUUGUCGUCAUCAUUGUCGUUCUGGUCAUUCGGCGGCGAAACGAAAGUGUAUCAAAAGAGACUGAUGAGAAGGCGGCGGAAAGGUCGGAUUUGAUUGAAGCCAAUCGAGCGUCUGGUGGUGACUUCCCUAUGCAACACAUAUACAGUGAAGAGGAAGGAAAGGAUUUCGGCGCACAUCAGCCUAUCUAUGAAGAAGCCAGCGCUGGGGCAAAAGGGGAGAAUGACUACCACUCAUUUCCAUUGACAGGACCAGUUUUAAUGAAGAAGAGGAGACGUGGAGCAGCAGCGCCAAGCGAGUACCUGUCCCCUGUUGACAGUAACACUAUACUGGAUGACAGCAGCAGAGUGGACGAAGUCUAUGAAUAUCCCAUCGACCUUGAUCCUGGUUCUGGUGAUGGUUGUGCUGUUGAUAGUACGUUGGCACGUGUUGGUAGUAGCGCUAUACAGCAUGACAGCAGCAGGGAUUAUAAAGACUAUGAUUAUCCCAUCGAUCUUGAUCCUAAUGAUGGUAGUGGUAGGGGUGAUGGCAGUACGUUGUAUCAUACACUGGAACCUUUGGACCAGAACCAUGGGGAGGCAGAAGGACAAGCUACCAGCUACAAGCAAGCGACAAGUUUGAGUCAAGUCGAUCAAGAGCCGUUACCCACUGCUGACCAGGGUAUCUAUGAUUCUAUAGCUCCACGCGUGAGGGAUGACGAACAGCCGUAUCAGGAACCUCCGGGGUCUGUUGAAGAGCUGUACGCACACCUGCAGCAGCCAGCCUAUCAGCAAAUCACUCGAUCGUCCAUCACCAUUGGCAAAGAGCUUGGGGCUGGGGAGUUCGGUGUCGUCACAGUCGGAAAGCUGUCAAUGAUGGGUCAACAUGUUCCUGUGGCAGUAAAGAUACUGAAGGUGUCCAGCGUGGAAGCCAAGAAAACACUGCUACAAGAAGCGGCCUUGAUGGGGCAAUUCUACCAUAGCAAUGUUGUCAGGCUGGUUGGCGUGGUCACACAGUCAGACCCAGUGAUGGUAAUCCUGGAGUUGAUGUCGGGUGGGAAUCUUCGCAGCUACCUCCAUCAGCUCAUGCCCAGUAAAAGUCCGCUAUGA